UCAGAUUCUGUUUUGAUUUGCCUCUCUCUCUCUCUCAUCAAUGGAGCUUCAGCGUAUCCUCUCUUACAUCUUCUUCCUACUUUUCCUAUUCACAAUCUCUGGAGAAUCAGUAUGGGGGAAUGGAGAAAAUCAAGGAAUGAAGACAGUGAAUUGUCAAAAGAGCAGCGGAUUUCGGCCGACGAAGCUUUUUGUGUUCGGAGAUUCGUAUGCUGACACCGGAAACAACCCGAAAUCGCUGGCUAGUUCAUGGAAAACCCCUUACGGUCUCACUUUCCCUGGAAAACCCGCCGGAAGAUACUCCGACGGCCGUGUACUCACCGAUUACCUCGCUAGGUUCAUGGGACUCAAAUCUCCAUUACCAUACCAAUGGAGAAAAUACGCGCCAAACAAACUCCGGAGUGGAGUCAAUUUUGCCUACGGUGGAACCGGAGUGUUUGACACUGGCAAUUUUCAGCCAAACAUGAGCACACAGAUUGGAUUCCUUGAAGGACUAAUUGAAGAUUCAGUUUACGCAAAAUGGGAUUUGAAAUCUGCGUUGGCUCUUGUCACCGUUUCCGGCAACGACUACGCUGCUUACACCUCUUCCGGUGGUUCUGACCAGGGUUUGCCUACAUUUAUCACCCGUGUUGUCAAUCAAAUAUCAAUAAACUUGAAACGAAUUCACGAUAUUGGUAUACGACGAGUGGUGGUUGGUGGCUUACAACCUCUAGGCUGCCUUCCACAAAUCACAGUCUCAUCAUCAUACAAUCAAUGCAACGACACACAAAAUUUAGCAGUCAAUUUCCACAACCAAUUGUUGCAACAAGUCGUAGCAACACUCAACAACAACACCAAUAGUUCGGCUUUUCUCAUCCUUGAUCUUUUUAGCUCCUUCAACACAGUCCUAAAAAACAAAGGAGAAUUCACAGGGAGCUUGAGGUUUGAUACUCCAUUGAAGCCAUGUUGUGUAGCCACAACAAGCGAUUCCAACUGUGGAAGUUUAGAUGAAAAUGGAAAACAACUUUAUACUGUUUGUAGUAAACCUGAGGGCACGUUCUUCUGGGACACGGUGCAUCCAACACAGGCCGGAUGGCGUGAGAGGAAAUGGCGAAGUCGAUUUAGCACUCGAUCUAUCGUCCAACGACCACCGAAUUCGUCAUCCUCUUUCUCCGGUCGUCCUUCUUGUUUUGAGCUUGCAAACCCUCGUUUCAGAUCUGGAACAACAUCUUCUUCGUCCAUGGCUCGUUCUUCCCCCAUAGUUGAUGUUCCCAAAAAACAAAAACGAACCAGUAAACUCAAAUCCGGAGCUCCGGAUGGGGGUGAUGACGUAGAGCCUUGCAGAGGAAAUGGAGGUGAGAUAGCCGGCGACCACGAAUUCCAGUAG